AUGAAUAUAGUAUAUGCAAAUAUUUCCAAUUUUAGCAUUAUGAUAAGUAACUAAGAAUGUUUAUAAAGAUUGGAAACUAUAUUACACAGCUCAAUUGCUGAUUCGUAUUUGAAUAUUAAAAGUCGCAAUAUUUAAAAAAAUUUUACUCACCAAGAAUAUCAAUAAACAGCUCUUACUUAGGAGCAAACAUGUGGUAUUUAUUUGGUAGUUUGUUAUGUCUUACAUUCUUGCAGAGCUCCGUUUUGUCUCGGAAACAUGAUCAACGAACUGAUACAGGCUUCCCGGAAAUCUGUAGUAAUCGAAACGGUGUCACUAUACCCAUGCCGGGUUCCUGCACAGGUUUCUUUAUCUGUGUCGAUGGGAAUGCUAUAGCCAGCUCGUGUGGCAGCUUUUAUCAUUUCAAUGCACAAACCGGAUUAUGUGAUCAUCCGUUGAAAGCUAAUUGUCAAGUUGAUCUGUCACAAAUCAAAAAUAUAACAUCCACAACUAAUAAAAAGAAACAAGGUACUCGUUCAUCUUUAGCCAAACCGAAAACGCCUAACGAAGUUGUUGCGGAUCUGAGUAUUGGUCCGAUCUGCAAAAAAAUUCCGACUGGCACGCUUUUACCAAAACCAGAUUCUUGCUCACAAUACUACGUUUGUAUAUUGGAGAGGCCCUAUCGCCGUACCUGCCCUUUAAUGCUUCAUUUUAAUGCAACAAGAGGAUUAUGUCAAGACCCAACAUUGGCCAAAUGCAGUAUGCAACUGAAAAACUUAACCAAAAAGGAUAUCGAACUAAUUAAUUCAGUAGCAACUAAUUCAAAAGAAUACGACAUAGCUAAUUUAGAUGAACUAGACAAUACCGAUAGUAGGAAAAUGGACACCAUUUGCGCAAUGAGCCCAAACGGUACUUUGUUCCCAUUCCAGGAAGACUGUAACCGUUUCAUUUUCUGCAUGAAUUACCAAGUUUUGACGUUGAUAUGUCCGGAGGGACAUCAUUUCAGUGUAAGAAAUGGGCGUUGCGAAUGGCCUUCCAUUGCGAAAUGCCAAUCAAACAAUUGGUGAAGCUAAAUUGAUUUAUCUGGGCCGGAGCAGUUAAACUACCAUUUGCCAUUAUCAUUACAAGUAUAUUGGCAAAAUAGACAUGUAUUAUUGAAAUUAA